GGGGAAUAAGAUACAAAACAAACUUGAAUAUAACACACCAUGGUUCAAAAGUAUACUGCUUGGCGAUGAAAGAUAACAUAGUGGUCGGUAGAUCCAAGGAAUUACAAUUAUUAUUGGGUUGCGCCCUCCGUUCAGCAGGUUGGGUUAGGUUAGUAUGUGAAAAAGCAGCACGAGCCGAGCGAGCGAAGCGAGCGUUCCGCGACAGCGGCCGGCGAAUACUAGAAGCCAAUUUGCUUGCGUUUCAGAACAUGUUUUCAGAUGAAGCUGGCACUUCAGUAAAACCAGGUGAUAAUACUACUUCUGGACUUCUGCUAAAAAAUGAACCAACAGAUGAAGCUGGCACUUCAGUAAAACCAGGUGAUAAUACUACUUCUGGACUUCUGCUAAAAAAUGUGCCAACAGGAAGCACAUCUCUUAAACUUCGUAAGGCAGAACUGAUGGAGUUUUCUAUAGCUGUAAGCUCAUAUUUCCAAUUCAGAAAAUGGUCAAUAUGA